UGUACUGGCAGCCUAAAAAAGUGAAGUUUUCGUAGUGGCAUUAGUGGCAUGUUAGGGCCCAGGGGCAACCAUUUCUUUCCUCCAUGGGGGCUAGGGCAACGAUGAACGAUAAAUUUUCUCCCUACAGAGAUAGCUAUGACACACCUGACUUCGUAUUUGAUUACACCUCAGCGUUUGAUUAUUCUUCUAUUCACCACAUGACGGCACUGAAGAAACCCGAGAAAUACAUGACAAUAUUUAACUACAACAAACGCCAGGUUGUUGUAGACUUGUCAGAUUGCGAGCCAGAACCGUGGCAGUCGACUAUUAUUAGAACGAUCGUGACGUUCUUCUGCUAUCUCUUCCUCGUUUUCACAUUUCCCGUGACGUGCUGGGUCUGCAUAAAGAGAGUGCCGUCCCUGGAAAGGAUCGCCGUCUUUCGCCUGGGGAAACUGCAGCCAGUUCAGGGUCCAGGCCUUGUGUUGGUGUUCCCGGUCAUUGACUCUUACAUGAAAGUUGACCUGAAGCCCAAGGUCUUUGAGGUGCCCGCACGUGAGGUUUUGACUGGUGAUGGAGCCAUUAUCGAGGUGGGAGCCGAGUUGCAUUGGCAGGUGGUUCACAGUGUCCGUUACGUCACGCGGGUGAAAGAGGUUGAUGCUACAGUGGGAGCACUCUGCCAGCAAUGCUUGGCAUCUCUGUUGGGCUGCAGCGACCAGGAUGACUUAGACCGGCGUCGUGAGGCCAUUGAGGCCACACUUCUGACCAAGCUGAAUGAAACAAUCCUUCCAUGGGGUCUGGAGGUCAUCAAGGUCACUCUGAAAGUGGCUCGUGUGGUGAAAACAGCUGAACCAAAUAACCCACUGACUCCUGUUAUGUCUGCCAUAAAGAGUGCACUUGGUUUUCCCUCGGAACAUUCCAAAACCCAAACAUCAGUGCCACCUGGUCCUGGAGGCCUACAUGCUGUGCCAGCAAGCCCAAGUGAGCCCCAGUUUGAGCAGCUGGUGCAGGUACUACACCAGCUGGCCUUGUUCGCUGCCCAGCAAAAUGAGUUCCAGGGUGUGUGUGCUACGUACACGCUCCAGAUCCUUGCUGGCACCAAGGAUGGCAUCACAGUUCACGUUUGCUUCGACCAAGGUAGUGUGGAGCUGGUUCGUGGCAGCGAUUUGGGCGACAGAAGGAAUGCUGAUGUGACACUGCGCCUCUCUGCUGAUGAUCUGACCUUGAUCUUAUGCGGGAAGGAGUCUCCCAUGCAGGUGUACAUGGGUGGCCGCAUUCAAGUCCAAGGCGAUUGGUCCUGCCUGCGUCGUUUCAUGGGCGUAAUUGACAAAUGCUCUACCGGCUAGAAGUUGCUUUUUUUUUUCUUUCAGGUCAAACCAUUCACUUCACACAUUGCAGCUUUUGCAAUCUAAUAUUUAGCAGCAAUGUGAGCUGUACACUUUAGGGUAUCAGCAUGCUUAUGCUGUGCAUGCCGAUUUGCUGUACGGUGUGUUACAAGCAUGUAAUAGCACUGCUAAACUAUGAGAACAGAAUAUUGUGAAGUAAUUCUUUCAUCCUUGGUUUCUGUGAAGAAACUGAUCUGAUGGUAGUGUAAUGUAGAGGAGUAGAGCUUGUUUCAACAAUGUCUAAGUCACAAUGUUGUAGUCAUUGGUGUACUUGCCAGCACAUGUUACAUACCUAUGCAGCACAGCUUCUUUUUAUGUAGUGGACUCCCUUUAAAACAAUCGCUUAAGGAACACUGAAUAUUCAUUUGUCUUAUCAGACAUGCAUCUGAACAGUAGAGCACCAAGUUUAUGCUACACACAACAAGGUGCCUAAAUAUUCUUAGAGAAUUGGUCUAAACAGAAGUCGUCUUAAAAGGAAUUUACUGUAUUAUAAACUGAUAGCGCUGCACUUGACAGAAAAUUGGUGUCAUUUUGUACUUCCCUUCAAAACCCGUGAUUUGUGGAGAUUUAUUACAAUUAAAAAAAAUCAAAAGCUCUUUAUCAGUCAAAAUCUUUUUCAUUUUGCUAAAAACUUGUAGCGUGAGCAUAUUUAAGCAGAUCAGUGGUGUCAUGCUCAGACAUGCAUUGCGUGCUAGCCAUCUUGGUGGUUUUAUUUUGUGUCAUGAUUUCUGAAAUUUAGAUAAAAUGUGAUCUGAAAUACUAGCAAUAUUUGUAGUGAUAUGCACAUUCCAUUCUUAGUUGUGUGAGCACAUACCCAAAGUUCACUCUCACUCUAUCAGUGCUCUCAUAUACCUAGUCACUGCAUUGAACAUUGUUGGAAAUGUUGAUCUCAAGGAGAAUAUGCUUCUCAUUUUAAGUUGUGCACAUCUUAAUAUCAGUGUUUUUUGUUUUCUGUUUUUUUCUGUGGAAGUUUGUUAUAAAGCUUUACAGUGCUUACAUUGUGAAGAUGUGGGCACUUUCAGGUUUAACACCUCAUUCUUCGUCCAUAUUUUAGCAUCUUCCAUCAAGGACAUUUAAAAUGUAUCUUCUUGUGUGACCAUGUUGGAUCGCAAGUACUGUGUUGCCUGAGAGCCACUGCCAUCAUACAAAAAGUUAUUUCUGGCUUGUGAUAGAGCAUGGUCAGAACUGUGUGCAAACGAUUCAUUUUCAUAUUUAUUUAUUUUUUCUUUAUUUCUUAAAUGUGUAUACCCUUGCUUUAUACAGUAUAGACCACUUAUAACGUAACCGCUUAUAGUGCAGGACCGGAUAUAGUACGGUCUUUUAAGACUCCCGUUAAUUUUCCCAUAGCACUCCAUGUAUACGCAUACUGCUUACAGUGCAGCCGCGUGAGACGAAAUACCAGUUAUAAUACGGCUUCCGUGGGAAAAUCCUGCUGACAAGGGCAGUAGCAAGCACGCUUCUCAACGAGGUGCGCCCACCGAUGGGAGAGGAGAUCAACGAGUGCGAUGCGGAGGAGCAGCAUGAGUCCAAGGGCGAUAAAAUCGUCGCCGCACGCCGUAUGUGCGAGUGAAAGCGCGCGGGAGACACGCGCCUUCAUGGAGAGCGAACACACAGCCGAGAUACAGGCCUAUUCUAGCCACUGUAGCGGAGAGCAAACGCGACUGCCAUCGCGCGAAAG